AUGGCCUGCCUCCACCAGACCUCGAUCCGUAAUCAGCAUCACCUUCGCAGCGUCUAUACCCCGCACGGCAUCUGCUAUACCUCGGGCGUGCGACUCAAACUCACCAUCGCCUACGACGGCACCCGCUACGGAGGAUGGCAAUCACAACCGAAUGCCGAUACCAUCCAAGAUCUCAUCGAGCAUGCCAUCGCUCAAACCAUCGGAGAGAACACCGAGAAAAAAAUCCGCCUCCAUGGCUCUGGCCGCACCGAUGCCGGCGUCCACGCCCUCGGGCAAAUCGCCCAUUUCGACGCCCCCGACCACCUCACCAUGAACCCCUACAACUGGGUUCCCGCUCUCAAUACCAAACUCCCCGCCGACAUCCGCAUCGUCACCUGUGAAGAAACCCCAGCAGACUUCCAUUCUCGAUUCUCCGCCACGGGGAAAACCUACACCUACGACCUCUGCCUCUCCCCCAUCUUGCCCCCCUUCCUCGCUGGCCGUGCCUGGCAUCUCCCACGCCAGCUCGAUCCCCACAUCCUCACCGACACCCUUGCCCUUUUCCUCGGCGAGCACAACUUCCAGUCCUUCUCUGCCAAACGCGGCAACGAAACAUCAGAGACCGACUACCACCGCACCCUUUCCGCAUCCAAAUAUGAAAUCACUGACACCGGAUACCGCAUCACCUUUUCAGGAAAUGGCUUCCUCUAUAAAAUGGUUCGCCUCUUGACCGGCGCCGCUGUCAAAACGGCCCAAGGGCAAGCCCGCCUCGAUGACAUCCAAGCCCUACUCGCCCAUCCCUCAAACGAACAGAAAUCCCCACUCUGCGCCCCCGCAGAUGGCCUCAUUUUACAAGAAGUCAGCUACCAAUAA